UUUUGGUCACUAAUGUCACUAUUAUUUUGCCACCUGAACGCUACCAGCCCUGUAAUCACAAGUAAUCUUGGUAAUCCGAAGUAAUCAAUGGUAAUCUUGGUAAUCAAUAAGUAAUCAUAAGUAAUCAAGGUAAUCACAAGUAAGCAUGGUAAUCCGAAGUAAUAAUUAAUAAUCUGAAUAAUCUUAAGUAAUCAAUAGUAAUUUUGGUAAUCAAUAUGUAAUGAAGGUAAUCACAAGUAAUCAUGGUGAUCAGAAGUAAUCAUCAAUAUUCCGAGGUAAUCAAUGGUAAUCAAAUGCAAUCAACUAGGUAUUCAACGGUACAACCAAACAAAGGAAUCAUGAGUAAUCAUAUGAUAAUCAUAGGUAAUCUGUGUAAUCAGCAGUAAUCUUGGUAAUCAAUAAGUAAUCACAAGUAAUCAAGGUAAUCACAAGUAAUCAUGGUCUGACUGGCAGCAUCCGUGACAUCCUGUGCAACAAUACAGUGCCGAUCCGUUCGUUGGGAGCUCGUUAGAUGGGCUAUCUCGUUGGUUGAAUGUUCACUGGUUGGGACAAAACCCAACUAAAAAGCACUGUCAGAGUCAAAAUCGAUGUCAAAACGAGUUUGACGUCUGACCGCCGCUGCAUCGCAGCUCCUAUAUAGAAUUUUGCACCGAAAUUUAAGCUCAAUUUUCUCUCCAAGAGAGAAAAGAACGGCAACGAAUGAGAAUCGAAACAAAUCACCGGAAAAUGUCAAAAUUCGCGUGAGAGGGAAAAGGAUGGGACGAACGAGAAUGAACCGAACGUUCAUUCGUGACGUCACCUUGCAGAAUUCUAUACAGAACGUUUGUGCAAGUAUGUGAGUGUUUCGUGAAGUAUUUCUCGUCACUUGCGUGUGCCUAGAGCAUUUUGAUCAGUUGUCAGUUGCCCCAACGAACGCACACGAUUCGCUGAUCGGGGCGCAGUCGUGACCCAACCAGGGAAUCCAGGCCAGCGUCAUCCGUUUUUUGCAAGAUUCUGGACUUUAUCCUUAGAUCUAAUUCUGUUUUUACCCUAGGACAUUAAAAAUCGUCAUUGGUGAAAAUUGUAUAUUAAUUUUCGUCAACAACUCAAUAAUUAUUUGUACGCGCCCAUACAUCUCCUUCCAAAUCCUUUCGGUGUUUUCGGCGCAGUAUUCCUUGGCCAACUUAUUGUACACUCAGGAAAAUUGCCUCAUACUUAAUGGCAAAUAUACAUGUGCCAAACCACAUCCAAAGUAUAUGCAACCAAUACCCGAUUACGCAGGCAAAUUAGCGCAUGAAUAGUAUGUGCUCUAAAUUGUACGAGUCGCUGCUGUAUGGUGCCUCAUCAAAUGUAUGAGUCGCACUAAUAAAAAAAAACAUUUGUUUACCCCCAUUGCAAAAAUCCAUGUCCCGGAUACAUAGAAGGAAUGAAGAUUUUUUUCCCAGUGUAGAAGACACCAUAACGAUUAAACAUACCAGCGGAGGUCUAUUAGCGAUUUUGCCCCUUUUUCGUUCUCUAUUUUCUUGCAACGGGUAAUAAUCAACGGUGUAGGAAUGAGAAGUCUUGACUGAUUGUUGGUUGAAACAAGAAUAAAUAUUUUAUUGACUGUCAUCAUUAGCAUUAUUUCUACAUGGCUUCCUAGAUUGUUCCAGCAUACUGAGAUCCUACAAUCGGUUUACGUUGUUAAGUGACUUCCUCUAUUGUUUUGGACGUAUAAUUAUUUUUUUACUCUUACUUACUCAUAAGGCGCCAUUCACAAUUAACGUAACGCUCUAGGGGGAGGAGCGAGUAUGGCCAAGCGGUAUACAGUCCAUACAAAAAAUAGGUUUUUUAUACAAUAAAGCGUAACGGGAAGGAGGAGUGGUAAAAAACAUCGGUUUUAGCGUUUCAUAAUAAACGGAUGCUGCCUAAAAGGCUGUUUUCAGUUCAGAAGGAAAUUCUGAACCUAUUAUAAUGCAUGGGAAAUUCUUUUCCCGAAUCGGCCAAGAAACCGAUUUUCUUCGAUCUCGUACUCAGUUGCGAAGAAAUGACAAUUCAAAUGGCAGUCACCGUAGAAAGUUUCUGCCAGGAAUCGAUCAAGAAAUUUCUUGAGUGAUUUCUUUUGGACACGAAACUUAUCUGAAGACAGAAUAAUUUAUAAGAUACUCUGAAUUUUCCAGGUUUUGUUUACCAAGGGUUAGAUACGUUUAUUUUCUAUAGUAAGUUCGUUUCAUCUUUUAUAAUCUUUUAAUGCAUGGUGUUCUCGUAAUGCUUCGUAGCUUUAACACAGUAUCCAAGAUAAUACUGAAUUUUAGUUUGCUAAUUCGAGUAGAAAUCUUCAGGGAUACCUCUGCACACGAUCCGCUUCUAUAAAUUCAUUUUCUCUAGAUCACGCCCGAUGACGAACUACCAAAAAUCAUAUGUUCGGCUUGUUCGCAUCAGCUAUCGGCAGCAUAUCGAUUUUGUAUCAAAUGUCGUUCAUCGGACGGACAACUCCGUGACCGAUUGCUGUUCAGCAAUCGGGCCAACCAAGCAACGGUCGAUGUCUCUUCAGCGGGUAGUGUCGACGACGACCAGCAGAUACCGGACCGAAUAGUAGAUGACCUUAUCGAACUGCCGACGGCAAAGCCCAAAGACCAGAAUGAAAUCCUAAUGGAUUUGAUGAUGCGCCCCGAGGACGAACUUUUUGACGAAAUUAUUGAACAGGAACAGUUUUCGGCGGAUGAAGAAUCCGAAUGCGAUGGAAGCUUUGAACAGUUGGCGGAAAAGGUUGAAAUAGUAACGGUCGAUGGAGAAGCUAUUCUUGAAGUACCGGAAUAUCAAGAAGAGUCUAUGGAUGAUGACUUGAUUACUGUUUCGGAGCAUAUGUCCGAUGUGGCAUUGGAGAUAACUGAUGACUACGUGCAUGAUAAAGAGGAUGACGAAUCACAAGCCGAAUCUUUACGACAAAUGAAUGUAAUUAUGCCCCCAGAAGAGAUGAUCGUAGAACGGGAAGAUUAUGAAAAUUUCCAAAUAAUUGUCUGCGCUGGUUUUGCAUGCUGUAAUUGUAAGGCGCAUUUUUCCUCUGAAGAAGAUUUGAAUACUCACUGUUGCAAGCAUGACCUAUCGAAGAAACCUCCCAACGGCAUUAACUGUUCUUUUUGUUACAAGAAAUUUCCUCGUCUAAGUUUCAAAGUAAGACACGAUGCCCAACGGAGCAUGCCAAAGAUGUAUUUGUGUAAAUUGUGUGACUAUGUUUGCCACGAUCGUGCGGUACUUAAUCAUCACAUGGAAGUUGCUUCGACACACAAGAAACCUAUGAUUGGUUUCGAUGAGGUUAACGAAGUAUUUGAAAAGCUGUCGGUCGAUGGUCAUUUGUGCUGUGAGUGUUUUUCGAUCUUUCGUGAUACUAGUCAACUCGAGAAACAUUACAAAGAUGCUCACCAUAUAAAUCGACCAGACACUGGGUUGGAAGCACUGAAAAUGGGCAACUUUUGGUGUACAAAUUGUCAUCAAGUAUUCAAACACAGUCACAGAUAUCAGUCGCAUCUGGAACGUAGUAAAGUGAAAUCAAUUUAUCGCUGUCUAAAAGUUGAUUGUACCUAUCGCACAGGAAGUAUAAUUUUCGCUCGACUUCAUCUCACAAGCCGAGACCAUAAAGUAUCUGGAAUCACGUCAGAUGACACAUUCUCGGUUAACCAAUCACGCACACUAGAAAAACAUCGCUGUUGCUUCCGAAAAUGUUUGAAAAUAUUUGAAUCGAGAACAUCCCUCCUAGCACAUGUAGAUCAGGCUCAUCAGGUUAAACUUCUCGAAAACGAGCUGCGUCGGAAAAGUUCUACUCAUGUAUGCUCAAUAUGCAGUCGUAAUUUUGAAUCUCGACGUGCUCUAAAGCGCCAUCAAUCGGUGAAAAUGGAAAUUAACGUAUGCGAGCAUUGUGGUUUGUCUGUGCCAUCAGCCAUCCAACUUCGAAGUCACGUUCAGCAGGUUCAUUCCAACGAUCAGAUCCAGAAAAAAUUCAAAUGUGAUGAGUGUUCCUGUUCUUUUGUCACCGAAGCAAAUCUGCAGCGGCACAAACGUCGAGGGCACGACAAACCAACUGACAACGUGUGUUCGAUAUGCGGUAAGCAGUUCAUGACCAAAACUGGUCUGUGGUAUCACUGGCGUAUGCACAACAAGUCGGAAACGUUCGAAUGUGCGCCCUGCAAGAAUGCUGGAAGGCGGUACGAGUUUCGAGAUGCUAAAACUCUACGCCGACAUUAUAAGAUUUCCGAAAUGCACAACGCAGAACGAAAGCACAAGUGCACGUAUGAGGGAUGCACAAAUACAUACAUCCACAAACCGGAUUUACAGCGGCACGAACAGACGGUGCAUCGGGGAGAUCGACCAUUUCUGUGCAAGACGUGCGGUAAGGGAUUCGUCAGAAAUAGGGAUUUGAGAUUACACGAGCGACACCAUACGGGUGCGAAGCUCUUCUCUUGUGAAGAUUGCUCGGCUGGAUUUGAUAUUUUCAUGGAAUAUAAAAGGCACUGUUCCGAGAAGCACGACAGGAAGCUCAUUAUGAAGUACGCAAAAUAGAAAAAUUUGGUAAGCUGAAAAUGAAAAAAAAUGAUCUCGUACACUGAAAAGUCGAAUAGGCUCAUUCAUUCCGAAAUUCCAUGACAUACACUUCCCACCAUAAAUAUGGAUUCGUAUAUUGCAACACUCAUACUGAAUAUCGCAGUUGCUGUACCUAAAAAGUUUUGCAUCACCCUAAAAUGUGAUUAUUUCAGGUCCUUGAGGCACAAAUCACUUAUGACCCCCCUUAAU